GGCGGCGGCGCGCCCCGGCAUGGGCAGCCGCGGGGCCCGGCGAUGAGCGCUCCCCCGGCCGCGACCCCCCGCGCGAAUAUGGGCACAGCCGUGUCCAAAAGGAAGACGCUCAGGAACGAGGCCAUGUCGUCCGUAGCGGCCAAAGUGAGAGCGGCGAGGGCUUUUGGAGAAUACCUUUCACAAAACCAUCCUGAAGGCAGAAACGGCUCAGAUCACCUGCUAGCAGACUCCUACAUCGGGCAGGAGGACUCCCCUGAGAUGCAGCAGGCGGCCCAGAACAAGCGCCGACUCUCGGUCAUCUCGGAUGGCAAAUUCGAGAGGAGCUUCACCGAGGAGCAGGCGGAGAAGAUGCCGAGCGAGGGCCCCAAGCCACGGGUGUACACCAUCUCCGGCGAGAGGCCCAUGCUGUCGGAGCACGAGAAYGACAGCAUGGAGCUGGUGGUGAUGAAGGGGGCCACCCACGAGGAGUGCCACCACGGCCACCACGCGCACGGUGCCGGCGGCUCACAYGGCGGCCGCCACUGCAAGGCCUGGCCAGGCGGCCGCCAGGGCUCCAAGGAGUGYCCCAACUGCACCAGGCUGGCUGCACCUUCCCAGCAGUCCAUUGAGCUGGAGCAGCACCCGCCUGGYGAGGCUGGGUGGCACAGGAAAAGGCUGGAGAGGAUGUACAGUGUCGAUCGAGUGUCUGAUGAUGUCCCCAUACGAACCUGGUUCCCAAAGGAGAACCUCUUCAGUUUUCACACUGCUACUACAACUAUGCAAGCGGCAUUCAGGGGCUACGCAGAGAGGAAGAGACGGAAACGAGAGAAUGAUUCUGCAGCUCUUAUCCAGAGGAAUUUUCGGAAGCACCUCCGCAUGGUGGGGAGCCGAAGGGUUAAAGCACAAACAUUUGCCGAACGGCGUGAGAGGAGCUUCAGCAGGUCCUGGAGUGACCCGACUCCCAUCAAAGCUGAUUCCUUCCAUGACUCUCGAGAAAGCCAUGACCUUCAGGAUUCCUGCGGGACUCUGGAUGGUGACUUUGACUUGAACUGGGAAGCAGAAAAGGAACUUGAAGCCAUGGCGUGUGACGGAGAAGACUUUAUUCCACCAAAAAUAAUGCUCAUUUCUUCCAAGGUGCCCAAAGCAGAGUAUGUCCCAACCAUUAUCCGCAGGGACGACCCCUCCAUCAUCCCCAUCCUCUAUGACCAUGAACAUGCCACCUUCGAUGACAUUCUGGAGGAAAUAGAGAAGAAACUUAACAUUUAUCGGAAAGGCUGCAAAAUCUGGAAGAUGCUGAUAUUUUGCCAGGGAGGCCCUGGGCACUUGUACUUGUUAAAGAACAAAGUCGCCACUUUCGCMAAAGUGGAGAAGGAGGAAGAUCUGAUCCUCUUCUGGAAGAGGUUGAGCCGGCUGAUGAGUAAAGUCAAUCCUGAACCAAAUAUCAUCCACAUCAUGGGCUGCUAUGUUCUUGGAAACCCCAAUGGGGAGAAGCUAUUUCAGAAUCUGAAAAACUUAAUGAAUCCUUAUAGGGUUGCCUUUGAGUCUCCACUUGAACUAUCAGCUCAAGGUAAGCAAAUGAUUGAGACUUACUUUGACUUCCGCCUUUACCGCCUCUGGAAGACCCGCCAGCACUCCAAACUAUUGGAUUAUGAUGACAUUUUAUGAGCUGGAGAAGCCUUUGCGAGAGGAAGCUCAUCACCAGUGUCCAAGAAGUCAUGCUUUAUUGCAGAGAGACUUUUUUAUUGGCACAGGGAGCCCUUCACAGCCCUACGGGAGGCAGCAGYGCUAAAGGGAGGGAAGGAGGAGCCCUCGGAAGUGUCGGCAGGAAAAGUCUCCUGGGCCAAGAGAGACUGGAGGGAAAGGGGGUGACAGUGACACCUCGCUGGCCUCGGUCCGAGCCGUGGGGCCUCAGGAGGAGCUGUGUGAAACCAGGACAGGAUGGAGUUCCUGGCAGAACUGAGCUGUUUUGGGUCAGAAUGGACCAGAUUUGAUUCCAGGUCCUUUUAAAGACUUUUGAAGCUCAGGUUUUCUUACAAAAAAAAAAAACAAAAACAAAAAACAAACCCAAUUAACCCAUGCACUACCGUGAAGAAGUCACCAGAGCACAGAGGGAGCAGGGUGUUGUCCUGGUGGGACCUUCUGUGCUGGGAGUCUCUGAGACCAAGGACUGCUACACCUACUCCUGCAAGCUUAGAGCAAGAUGAUCCCAUUUCCAUGUGAAUAUAUACUGGGAUAUAGAGUUGAAAUCUUUUUUUUGUUUGUUUGGUUUAAUAGAAAAUAAGUGCAAUUUUUAUAGCGAGGGAGGGGGGGUAAAAUCCCUCCUGAUAUUUAAUUAGCUACAAAUAACACACCAUAACCAAUAGAUGAGGUAUUUUUGGUCUGCUUGAAAAUAUAUUCAGAAUGGUAAUAUAUCUUCUGUAGACAUAUUUAAUCACCAGCAAACAUGGUUUUAACAUCGGUUAGCAGACCCUACAUGUCUGCUGCGUUGGUUUGGUUCGUUCCUUUCAGAGUAGCUGUGCUGCACUAUUUGUACGUGCUCUCACGAAUGUAUAGUUCUCCUCCAAUUAGCCACAACUUCAUGACUUUCUAUUUUGCUGCUUGCAAAACUGUGGGACUUUAGUUUUGCUGAAAUACUUUAGGUUAGAGACACGGCACCUGGCUGGGAAGCCUCUGUCAGGCUCGCUUUGGUAUAAAAAUGAAKUAGAAAUUAAUAGCCAUGGUUAAUGACCUGUUCAUGCCAGUGUUGUGCUGUGUGUUGGGAGAGGAGCUCUGUMCCCAUGUGGGAGCACUGAGGCAUUUGAGGAAAUGCUUCUGGAGGGACACAGCAUGGACUUGGAGCAUGAGUUUGACUCUUCCCUCUGUUCACUUGAUUGCCAGUUGUUUGUGCACAACCCCCCUUUUCCCCUGCUGAAGGACCUGUUUCUUGGUCUGAGCUGCUCAGCCCUUUCCUUUGUAGGACAGAGAAAAACCCCAGCUCUGUCUGAGCAGCCUGAGAGCCCAGGUCUGUACUUGAUAUUUGAUUAUAUAUUUUGGAAUCUAUUUACUUUUUGUUUGGUUAGGUCAAGGGGUGCUUUUUGGUCUUGGGAAUGGGGUUUUUUCACAUUCUACUGUCCUUUCAGAGGAUAAAUAGUACUUAGAGUCUGUCUAGGUAUUGGCAAUUCUGGGAGGUGACACAAGUUAUUUCUUUCACAAGCAAAAGAAGCAACAGGGAAGGAUUACCUUAUUUUCCUGAUUUCCUGGUAUCUAAAAUUGGUUGAUUGUGAAAGAAAAUAUAUGUACAAAUCUUCUUUUAACUACUUACAAAAAGAACCAGGUGUUCUGAUGUGUAGAGUCCUCCUUCCCCUGUGCCAUACCUGUGGUUGUAAUUUUGGGGAGCAGGCCCCUGGCUAGAACUGCUGAACCCUUUACCUUUAGAGCAGUUUUAUAGCAAAACUUUUGAAGAAAUAAUGUACAUACAGUAAGGAGAGGAAUAGGUGGAGAGAGAUGGUUUAAAGGCACUGAAAGCCACACAGACAGGUGUGGGGUGUUGCCUCCCCUGGUUGGGAGCUGCCCUGACCUUGGGAGCUUUGGUGGCCACGUCUCAUCCCUGGACUCAGUCAGGUUUGCCAGACUUGGAGUGAAGGGGAGAACAGGCACCAGUCUGUAGCUUUUGGAAGAAAAUGCCAGAUAUUAAAAAAAAAAAAAAAAAAA